GGGUAGGAGCCAUCUCUUCUUGUUUAAUAAUAUUAAUUGCCCCUAUUAAUUGAUUUGUGCCUGGACGAUUAGACGAAGCUCGUGACCCUUAAGUAGGAUCGCGACAAUGCCAAGAUUGGCACUUUUUGGUAUGCAGUGCAUCUUUUCAUUUUAUGAUAUCAGAAUUCCAUCUUCACCACGAUACUCUUGAGGCGAGAUAGACGUUUCUACCAGCAUCGCAUGUCAGGCGAUGUAUAAAUAAGCUAGACGCGACACCAGAGUAUUCCCCGUUUCCAUCAACAACUACAUCUCACUCUAGCGUCUACACUUGCAUCUGAAUCACCAAAUGCAUCAACUCCACAAACACAACACCAACUUUCAAAUUUAAAACAAUGGGCACCAUCAUUUCUGCCCCACUUGUCCUCUGUGUCGCACUUGCUGCUGCAGCUCCCAUCAACCACGCACCUAACCACCAAUCGAAAAGUCAGCCUGUCGUCCACCACACCUCGUCUGCUCCCCACUAUGCCUAUUCUUCUACCCUUAGUGGUCACCAUCUGUAUUCUACCACCUACCGCCAUUUCGGCGCUAUCCCUACUCCUUGGUCGUACCAUUUACAAAACAGGAUCAAUGUCCGCCAGGUCGCUGAAGAUGAUAUUGCCGAAGAUGAUAUGAGCACCGAUGCCUCUGAGGAUACCCAAGAUGCCGACUCUCUUCCUGAUGAUAUCGAAAGCAAUGAUAUGGCAUCUGUUGACAAUGUCAACCCCAAUGGUGAUUCUCUCAAUGGCUCAGUUGAGGACACCACCUCCUCAGCCACCUCACAAAAGGAACAUGACAAGAGCGGCAAAAAGAAUGACAAGAAACACGACAAGGGCCAUAGCAAGAAGAAGGGGAAUGACAAGAAGGCUCCUCAGCCUGCCGAGGACGAGACUGAAGGUGCCAGCGAAGAUGCCGAUAUCCCUGUCGAUACUGAAUCCUUCUCUGAUAUCUUUGGCGAGGCGGAUAUGGCCUCUGAUACCUUUGACAUCGAUUCUGUUGAGAGUACGCCUGAAAACGCUACUGAAGAUCCCACUUCAUCAGCUACCUCACACAAGAAGCACCGCAAGGGCAAGAAGGGUCAUGGCAAGAAAAGGCAUGGCAAGAAAAGGCAUGGCAAGAAAAGGCAUGGCAAGAAGCAUAGAAAGGGAGACGGAAAGGGCAAGAAGGCUCGUCAGAUUGGCGAAGACUGUGUUGGAUGCCACGGCUUCCUCUUCACCGAUCACACGGGGUAAUAUGCGAAAAUAUCUUUACCUAUAUAUAAGAUUUUAUAGUCCAAAAAGCGUCCGACCGUCCGCUAGAACCUUUUGAAUUGGUUAAAAAAAAAACUCUUAAGCUUCAACACGGGUUUGAGUGACUUGCUCUGUAAACUCCUUUUGAUCUUGUGCGGCAUCUGACCUCACCGGUGAAACCAGGGUGACGAGUUGUUAUUGUAGUGGUCACAGGUCUCUACUGGAUAUCUCCAUUGGUUCAGCGCAAGAGCAGCUCUCAGUAUCGGUCGACCUGAUAACUUCUAUGGCGUCAUCAUGGUGGUCAUCACCGGCUGCGCAA